UGUCCAGACCCUUCUCCCAGCCCCGCUCCCCCACGGCAAAAGGGAAGGAGAGAACCGAGAGGUUCGCACUGCUUUGUCGCCUCCGAAGGGAGGAGGACCGGGCUGUUGCAGGCUUUGCGGGCAGCGGGUGCUGUCGGGGUGGUGGGCGCACAGGGCAGUUUCCCGCCACGGCGGGCGGUGCGCGGCAGGAACGGCCGGCGGUCCGGUGCACGAGGCACGAGGCACGCGCGCAGCACCUAGGCCCCCGACGGGGGCGGCUGCCUGGUGGCCGCCGGGCGCGCAGGCGCCGUGGGUGGUGGGCACACGUGGCCCGCCGGGGCGCAAGCGCGGCGCGUGCACGUGGCCGGCGGGCGCGCAGGCGCGGUGGAACCACGGGCGUCCUCGGCGGCCGGCGAGCAUGGGGCGGUUACGGUGGCAGGUGGCGGCCGCGGCGGCCGUGGGCCUCGCGGUGGCCCUGGAGGCGCUGCCCUCGGUGCUGCGCUGGCUGCGGGCCGGGCGGCGCCGGCGCCGGCGCGAGGUGCUCUUCUUCCCGUCGCAGGUGACCUGCACCGAGGCCCUGCUGCAGGCGCCGGGCGGCGCCGGACCGCCGGGGGCCCCCGCGGGCUGCCCGUGCAGCCUGCCCCACGGCGAGAGCUCGCUGAGCCGCCUGCUGUGCGCCCUGCUGGCCGCCCGCGCCAGCCUGGAGCUUUGCCUGUUCGCCUUCUCCAGCCCGCAGCUGGGCCGCGCCGUGCAGCUGCUGCACCAGCGCGGGGUGCGGGUCCGGGUCGUCACCGACUGCGACUACAUGGCCCUCAACGGCUCGCAGAUCGGCCUGCUCCGCAAGGCAGGUAUUCAGGUUCGGCACGACCAGGACCUCGGCUACAUGCAUCACAAGUUCGCAAUAGUGGAUAGGAAGGUGCUGAUCACCGGCUCCCUCAACUGGACCACGCAAGCCAUUCAGAACAACAGAGAAAACGUUUUGAUUUUGGAGGAUGAAGAGUAUGUGAGGCUUUUUCUGGAAGAAUUUGAGCGCAUUUGGGAAGAGUUUAACCCUACAAAGUAUACCUUCUUCCCACAAAAGAAGAGAAGCCACUGAAGCUGCGCCGUCGCUGCCGUCCGAGGUGGCGGGGAGAGCUGGCGCAGGCCUUUCGGGACCUCUGGGUGGAACCAGCCGGAGC